AUGUGGGCUAAGGCAGCAUCAAUCCUCGCUCUGGCGUCUACCGCCGUUGCGCAGAGCAAGGGCUUCAACUACGGUGCGACCAACGCUGAUGGUUCAUGCCGUGGUUACAACGACUUUGUUCGCUUCUUCAAUGAAGCGAAGAGUCUUCCCGGAGCGUCUGGCUUCACGACCGCCCGUCUCUACACUUCCAUCCAGUGCGGCACUGCCUCAGACCCCAUCUCAGCCUUCCAGGCUGCCAUCGACACCGACACAAAGGUCCUUGUAGGCCUCUGGGCCUCGGCCGGUCGCGGUGCGUACGAGAACGAGCUCAACGCCCUCAUCCGUGGAGCAAGGGAGCUCGGCAGUGCCUUCACCGACCGCAUCAUCGGUAUCAGCGUCGGUUCCGAGGACCUGUACCGCAGCAGCCCCCAGGGUGUUGCGAACAACGCUGGUCCAGGAGCCACUGGUCCUGAGAUUGAGGGAUACAUUGGCUGGAUGCGCGACUGGAUCAGGGGAUCUGCUCUUGAGAGCAAGCCCAUCGGUCACGUCGACACCUUCACCGCCUGGGUCCUGCCCGAGAACCGCGGUGUUGCCAACACCGUGAACUGGCUCGGCCACAACUCCUUCCCAUACUUCGAGACCACCCGCCCCAACGCCAUCGAGCAGGCCCGCGAGAACUUCUACGCCGGUCUCGGACAGACCGAGGCUGUGUCUGGAGGAAAGCCCGUCUGGGUCACCGAGACUGGCUGGCCCCACAAGGGCCCCGUCUCCGGCUCUGCUGUAGCCUCCCUCGAGAACUCCAGGCGCUACUACAGCGAGGUUGGCUGCUCGCUUUUCGGCACCCGCAACGUUUUCUGGUACACCCUGAAGGACGCCAACUCGGCUCAAACCGACCUGUCGUUCGCUCUUACACCGCUCGAGAACAACACCCCUUACUUCGACUUGAAGUGCUAG